AAAAAGUAUUUCGAGGUGAGGGUUGUACAUGAUUUUUGAGCAGAAUAAAUGGGAAAUUCAUAAAGGUGAAAAGUAAUUUGAUGAAUAGAAACGUCGAUUGUUUUGGAGUUUGACGAGAGUCGUGUGAGAAAAGUAGCGGUGUCGUCCAUCAUCGCUAAAGCUAUCCUCGGGAGAAGGAGCCGUAAAGGCGCGGGUGUCGUCAAUGAAAGCGCGUCCACGUGCGUUUCAUCAAUCGUUAGGCGACGCGCACGAAAAGAAAGAGCGCGCGCGGCCGCCGGCGCUCGUCAAGAACGACUUGUCAAUCAGCCAAUGAACGUCGUCGUUAGGCGCGAGCGUGACCAAUAAGAAGACGGCUGACGGGAUACGGGAAGCGUCGCGCCGCCGCUCGCCAGCGUCUCCGCAAGUGUUCGCCGAGCGUCCCGUUAAAGAGCCUUACCCGCCGCGUAAAUCCACGGAAGAGCGGACGUAUCCACCGAGGCAAGGAUGUCAUCCGGAGCCCUGUUCCCCAGCCUGGUGUCGGGCUCCCGCAGCUCGUCCAGCAAAUAUCUGGUGGAGUUCAGAGCGGGGAAAAUGAGCCUGAAGGGCAGCACGGUGACCCCGGACAAGCGCAAAGGCACCGCGUACAUCCAGCAGACGGACGACUCGCUCAUCCACUUUUGCUGGAAGGACAGGACGUCGGGAAACGUGGAGGACGAUCUUAUAAUCUUCCCGGACGACUGCGAGUUCAAGCGGGUUAACCAGUGCACCACGGGGCGCGUGUACGUGCUGAAGUUCAAGGCCGGCUCCAAAAGGCUGUUCUUUUGGAUGCAGGAGCCGAAAACGGAUAAAGACGAGGAGUACUGUCGCAAAGUGAACGAGUACCUGAACAACCCACCCAUGCCGGGCACGCUGGGAAGCGGAGGAGGCGGCGGCCACGAGCUGUCUGCACUUGGAGAAGGUGGUCUGCAAAGCCUCCUGGGUAAUAUGAGUCACAAUCAACUGAUGCAGCUGAUAGGACCGACAGGACUGGGUGGACUCGGUGCUUUGGCAGGUCCAGGUCUGGCUGGUCUGUUGGGUAGUGGAGGUCCUGCUACCAGCAGCUCAACUUCGAGCUCCCGUAGCCAAUCGGCAGCAGCCACUCCCUCGUCUGGCUCGGCCGCCCGCCUUAGCUCCACCCAGGCACCCACCACCCCCGUGACCCCAGCCGCCACCUCCAGCGGCUCGCCCACGGUGACCCCCACCACCCCCGCCGCCCAGACUCCCUCCAUGCCGGCGGGUCCCCCUUCCGGCACGCAGGCCAUCCAGCUGAGCGACCUCCAGAGCAUCCUGGCCACCAUGAACGUGCCCGCCGUGGCAGCCGAGGGCCCGGGAGUGGACUUGGCGAGCGUGUUGAGCCCUGACGUGAUGGCUCCUAUUCUGGCGAACCCUGAAGUGCAGCAGAGACUUGUGCCGUACCUGCCGUCUGGAGAAUCCCUCCCUCAGAGCGCCGAAGAGAUCCAGAGCACCCUGACCUCUCCGCAGUUCCAGCAGGCCAUGAGCAUGUUCAGCAGCGCUUUGGCAUCUGGCCAACUCGGUCCUCUCAUGAAUCAGUUUGGUUUACCCUCUGAAGCUGUGGACGCGGCUAAUAAAGGAGACGUAGAGGCCUUUGCCAAGGCCAUGGAGGGCACUGACGCAAAGACUGAUGACGGAGAUUCCAAAGACAAGAAAGAUGACGACGAGGACAUGAGCUUGGAUUAAAAGGAUGCUGCUCUCGCAACACUCCAGCUUGUUUGCGUCUGCGCUUUCAUGUGUUUUGUAUGCUCACAGCUAAACCAUUAAACUAUCGACUCUCA